UGCUAUCAGGUAAAGUCAGUUACCUUGUUGGAUAUGUCUGGGAAGUACGCUGCAAAAUACGGUUUUGAUAAAAUGCCCAAUUACAAACAUGACAUGGACAUCAUUAUACCAAAAGGCGAUCCAGAAUAUAUUACCAAGGUAUUUCGCAUUCCUAAACAAUGCAAAGCUCACGCCGUUUUUAAGAAUUUCAAAGAUGUGGAUGAAAAGAAACUCGCAGCUUAUGACUCUUCAGUCAACAGACUCAAUCGUGCUGACUAUCUGCUUAAUUUCAUCACUACAAUUAACUCUCUGAAUAAAUCUGGUGAUGUCGUGGGUUACUGUUGUAUAAGAUCUGUGCUCAUGAAUUAUCUCAGUGUCAGUCCACUUUAUGCCGACAAUGACGCUGUUGCACGAACGUUGCUGGCUGAAGUGUUACCCAUAAUUGCUCAUAUCAAAAUGUAUAGACACCUGAAAGCGGUGUAUCCAGCCGCCAAUGAACAAAUGUCUCCAUGCUGUUUAAUUCAAAGCAAGAUCUUCGUCUAUUCCAAGUUCUCGCAGGUCAGCCUUGACCCUGUCCAUCUACCUCAUCUUGCUCUACCUCUAAGUCUUUUACCCGGAGCAAGGCAAGUCUUGUAA